ACUGGAGGCGAAAACACCUCUGAAGCCUCCCGGUGACGUCAGAGAAUCAGCUGCUGCCUGUCAUGUGACGAGCCCAACCCCGCCCCUCCAGUUUUGACAGCGUUCUUCUCCCGUAUGAGCGCGGUGAGUGUGUGGCCGCCUCUGUCCGCUUGUAUCCUGUGAGGGGGGAGAGAGAGGUUCAGUCACCUGGAGCGAAGAGGCACAAAGUGGCCGUAAAGUACGAUGCUGUGCUCCGGGCUGCUCUUGUAAAGCUCCACACGUGUGACCCAAACGGCCUCACCAGUCACCACUUAUGUCCCGCAAAGCCAGCGACAAUGUGGAGUACACCCUACGGAGCCUGAGCAACCUGAUGGGGGAGAAGAAGAGGAGGAAGCCGCCUCAGCCUCAGCAGCCGGAGGAGGGAGCCGGGGAGAGGAGCCUCAUAGCCGCCGACUCGUGCAGCAGCAUUAACAGUCAGGGCAGGGGGGGCUCCUCCUCAAUGACUGGGGGAGACCUGGAGCGGGCGGCCCGCCGGCAGUUCCAGCAGGAUGUCACCCCGACUUUUGUAUACGUGGUGUCGGUGUUCUCCGCCCUGGGGGGCUUCCUGUUCGGCUAUGACACUGGGGUGGUGUCGGGGGCCAUGCUGCUGCUGAAGAAGGACAUGAACCUGUCGGCUCUGUGGCAGGAGCUGCUGGUGUCCAGCACGGUGGGGGCGGCGGCCGUGUCGGCUCUGGCAGGCGGGGUGCUGAAUGGAAUUGUGGGGCGCAGACCGUGCAUCCUCCUGGCCAGCCUGAUGUUCAUGGCGGGAGCCGCUAUACUGGCCGCUGCGCGGGACAAGGAGACCCUGCUAGGGGGCCGGGUGGUGGUGGGACUCGGCAUCGGUAAGUAUGCAUCUAUGACUGUCCCAGUGUAUAUAGCGGAAGCCGCUCCCUCACACUUGAGAGGAAGACUAGUAACAAUUAACACACUCUUCAUUACGGGUGGACAGUUCUUUGCAGCAGUUGUGGAUGGCGCUUUUAGCUACCUUCCAAGAGAUGGAUGGAGGUACAUGCUUGGCCUGUCUGCAGUUCCAGCUGUGUUUCAGUUUAUUGGCUUUUUGUUUCUACCAGAAAGUCCACGUUGGCUUAUACAAAAAGGCCAAACACAGAAAGCCCGAAGAGUUUUAUCUCAAAUUCGGGGGAACCAAACAAUUGAUGAAGAGUAUGACAGCAUUAAGAAUAGUAUUGAUGAGGAGGAAAAAGGAGGUGCAGGCGGACCUGUUAUCUACAGAAUGUUAAUCUAUCCUCCAACACGUCGUGCUCUAUUUGUUGGUUGUGGAUUGCAAAUGUUUCAACAGUUGGCGGGCAUCAACACAGUCAUGUACUACAGUGCAACAAUUCUGCAAAUGUCAGGUGUGGCUAAUGACAGACUUGCUAUCUGGCUUGCAUCUAUUACAGCAUUUACAAACUUUAGCUUCACGCUUGUUGGUGUUUGGCUUGUAGAGAAAGUUGGUCGAAGAAAACUCACACUUGGAAGUCUUACAGGUACAACGAUGGCCCUUAUUGUCCUUGCUCUGGGCUUUCUGUUAUCUGCUCAAGUCUCGCCACCAGUCACAUUCACACCGACAGAUCCCCAAAGUCAAAAUUCUAGUUGCACAAAAUAUAGCUUUUGCAAUGGAUGUAUGCUAGAUCCCAACUGUGGAUUUUGCUACAAGAUUAAUGGAUCACAUAUUUUCAAUUCCUCGUGUAUCCCAGUUGACCCAAAAAGUACAGAAUAUUCUGCAUGGGGCAGAUGUACAAAUGAAUCCAGAUCUACAUCCGGUUCAUUUUGGGCUUAUAAUUACUGUCCAACAUCAUAUUCCUGGACUGCACUUAUUGGUUUAAUUCUCUAUUUAAUGUUUUUUGCACCUGGAAUGGGACCAAUGCCUUGGACAGUCAACUCUGAAAUAUACCCACUGUGGGCAAGGAGCACAGGAAAUGCGUGUUCUUCUGGAGUAAACUGGAUAUUUAAUGUGGCGAUUUCACUCACAUUUUUACAUACAGCGGAAUAUCUUACAUAUUACGGAGCUUUUUUUUUGUACGCAGGAUUUGCUUCUCUUGGACUUCUAUUCACUUAUGGCUGCCUACCAGAGACUAAGGGAAAGAAGCUGGAGGAAAUUGAAUCUCUGUUUGAAAAUAGACUUUGUACAUGUGGUAGCUCUGACUCUGAUGAGGGGAGGUAUAUAGAAUAUAUUCGCGUCAAGGGAAGUAAUUAUCAUCUUUCUGACAAUGAUGCCUCUGAUGUGGAAUAAUUUUCCUUGGCAGAUGCAUACCAAUCAUUUAACAACCGUCUGGAGAAGGACAGCUAUAGGUGACCUCACAGUCCUGCUUCUGGUCUGGUCCUCUGGAGAGCUUAAAAUAACCCUACCAAAAUCUUGUUUGUUACUGGUUUAGAAGGAUAUUUCAGUUACUUGAGAGCAAAACAAUUAUAUGUCGGAAAAUAAAUGGCUGGUCAUAUUUGGUUCUAAUUCCUCUUACAGUUGUUCUCUAAACACUAUUUUUAAAUCAGAAUUUAAGUUAAUUUUAAUUUUUUCAAUGGUGUCUGUAAAAUAGGACUAAAAGCUACGAUUGUAAAAUUUUUCAUUAUCUUACUUUAAGUCUUCCUUUUGUUAAUGCCAUAGCUGGGGGCAUUACCGUAAUAUGCACAUGAUCAAAACUUAUAGGCCGAAAAAUAUUGCAUAGUUUAAUCUGACUGUGAUCAGAUAUACACAAACAACAUGUUGUAGAAACUGUUCCUUCGAAUUUUGUUUAAAAUACCAUUUGAAAUGUAAUUUUUUACAAUUUCAGCUUUGUUACUGAAGGGUAGCUUUUUGCAUGUAAUAAUAUUUCUAAAUAUUUGUCAAACGACCAGACACAAAGCAUAUUGAUAUUAGGAGGCAAGAUUAAAGGAGAAGUAUAGUUAAAGCUUUUUUUGACCAUAUUUCUAUGGAUUACAGGAGUGCAGUUCAUUCUGCCUGCUGUCGGGUCACAGAGUCUGUCCAGGCUCUGAAAAGAUCAGCCCAGAAGCCUGGAUCAGCACCUGACUCGGCAAUCCACUGAGAGCCUGAGCCAGCCUCUCCCACCCUCUCCACAGCCCAGCACUCCAGUGAGCAUUGGAGGGGAGAGCAGAGAACCAUGACCGCCAGAGCGGAGGUGAGAACUGAGCGACCAGUGGUGUUUGAUCGCUCAAUUCUUACUGCAGAGCCAGCGGGGGACAAAUCCAGCAUCAGAUCAAUGCUGUAUCCACCUAGGUGUGUAUGUUUAUUUUAUUUUUUUUUAAUCAUGAAUAAGCGCAGCAAAAGUUAUAAUUAUGAAAAAGUCUCUGUGCCAAAGUUUAACAGCAUUGUGUUGAUCUUUAACACAAAUCGCUACAGCUAUCACAUUAACUUAAGUGUUAGCAGAAUAUUUUUGUUUAUUACAGUUGCUGUAGACACACUUUUCCGGUUUACACAGAUUAGACAGAUUAAUAACCAAUAGUCAUUAAAAUCCAGAUUGCACAUUAGGAACUAUUGAUACAAGAGGCACAGUAUUUGUUUUUUUCCAGUGCUUCCUUAGAAUGUAGGAAACAUUUUGGCCUUAAAAGGGAAUGAUGAUCAAUGUUUUUUUUUGUUGUAGAAAAGUAAAUAGUCUUAAAAUUUUGAUGUAUUUGAACUUAGAAAAAAAACAAUGUAAUGACUUAUUGUCACUAUAUUCUUCAGAGCUCUUUCAGUCUUCUUUGGGAGGCCUUUUGUUAACCAUUUUAUACCACUUAUUUUUCAUAGACUGCUGCUAAGAGCUGAUGAGGGGCGGCCAUGUAGUUUAGUGGUUAGCGAAUAUGCCUUGCAGCACUGUGGUCCAAAUCUUGGCCAAGACACUGUCUGCAUGGAGUUUGUAUGUUCUCAUUGUGUUCAGGCAGGUUACCUCCAGGUACUUCGGUUUCCUCCCACACUGCAAAAACAUUUUUGGUCGGUUAAUUGACUCCUAUCUAAAUUGUCCCUAAUAUGUGUUUACACAUUAGUGAUGCACAUGUGUUAUCACAUUGUGCAUGUCAGUCCCAAGCUGAGCAAUUGAGGAGGGUAAGGAAUGACCUGGUAACCUAGCUUGUACAAAAAAAAAAAAUUCAGCAUACAUCACCACACAUACUCUAUCCAGGCUGACGUUUAUGAACUUCAGU